CAGCGACUCUCUAUCCUGAGCUCACGCGGCCACCCGACCACCUCGCCCCUUCGCCUUGCUUGCUCGCGCCGCCGCCCCCACGUCCUCCGCCUCCGCCUCCGCCUCCGCCUCCGCGCCGUCCGCCUCCGCCUCCGCCCCCGCCCUCGGCCUCGCCCUUGCCGUCGCGUCUGCGCCGACGCCCCUCCGCCAGCACCCGCACGGCCGCACCUCCGCCUCCUCCCGCCGUCCUGCGCCGGCGCCCCUCCGCCUGCACCCGCGCAGGCGCGCAGCCACCUCGAUCCGGCCCCGGCGCCCCUGCGCCACCACCCGCGCCGGAUCUGCCUCCGCCCGCGCGGCCGCGCCGGAUUCGCCUCCUCCCGCGCCCUCCGCCUCUGCACACCAUCCCUGGUCUGCCCUCCCCCCCCCUCCCCACCCACCCCAUUGCGCGGCGGCGCUGCUGCUCCUCUCGAGGUCCGCCACCUCCUCGGCGCCGCUGAUGUAUUCAUCUCCGGAGAUGAGCGUCUAUAACAUCAGGAUCAACCAAAGGCUGCUGGACUGCACAUAUUGCGGCCAACCCCUCCGGCCUGACACUUUGGGUGGCAAAGCGUGGAAGUGCGCUGGCGUCCACAUCUUCUGUCGUGCCUGCGUCAGCCGCCACGAACAGGCAUGUAUCUCCUACUGCUCUUCGCUGGACCAAAUCAUCAGUAAGAUGAAGUUCAAAUGCAAUUGCUGCGACUCUGAAUACAUCCCCUUCCACGAGAUCGAGGGACACCUGUGCGACAUCAACAUCCUUGUCCAUCACGAGUUUUUCGCCGUUCGUGACUAUGGAGAGUGCAUCAUCGACACAAGCGCCCUUGUGUGUUCUGAAUGCCGGCUUCCUCUCCGACCUCCCAUUUUCAGGCAUCUCCGUAAAUACAUGCACGUUUGUAGCAUCUGCUACCAUCGUGGUGAUUUCGCCAACUACCAUCACUGCCACGACCUCGACUACCUGGUCGAAGGUAUCUCGGUGGAAUGUGAGGCUUGCAAAGAAUACCUUCCAUUCUCUACCUUGGCUUCACACCAGCUGGACGGUUGCUCAUUCAGGCAGACAUUGCCAAAGAUUGCCCCAGGUUGUGCGCGAUCUCCUCAGUGCCCCCUGAUGUCUUCAUCUCCGGUGAGUGGGCCUCUGCCUCCACCAUCCGUUCCUCCGAAGAUGAGUGUGUUUAACCUCAGGAUCAGCCAGGGGCUACUGGAUUGCACAUAUUGCCACCGAGCCCUCCUGCCUGACAGUUACGGUGGCAGAGCAUUUACGUGUGCUGGCAGCCACCUCUUUUGCCGUGACUGUGACACCCGCCAUCAAAAGGCAUGUAUCUCCCACUGUGGUUUGAUGGAUGACAUCAUCAUUCAGAUGAAGUUCAAAAGCAACUGCUGCGACUCUGGACGAAAAUACACGCCUUACUGCGAGUUUGCUGGACACCUGUGCACUACCCGUGCUGUGGAACAGCAGCUCAAGUCCGUUCGUGCCUGGAAAGAGUGUAUCCUCGACACAAGUGCCCUUGUGUGUUCUGAAUGCCGGCUUCCUCUCCAACCUCCCAUUUUCAGGCAUCUCCUUGGUAACAUGCCCGUUUGUAGCGCCUGUUACCACCGUGGUGAUAUCGCCAACUACCGUCACUGCCACGAGCUUGACUACCUCGUCAGUGGUAUCUUGGUGGAAUGUGAGGCUUGCAAAGAAUACCUUCCGUUCCGCAACUUGGCUUCGCACCAGUUGGACAAUUGCUCGCUAAAGAUUGGCCCAGGCUCAAGGGCCCGAAAAAACGUGUGUGAUGAAGAUAAAACCAAAAGUCCUUCGGUGGGCAGCAAUAGUAUCCAUGGGAAAAACAAGCGAAUGCCUCCACUCGAGGUUGGUAAAAUGGACAAGCACAUUGUUCACAGUGAUGAGUCUGGGAAUGAUGAUGACUCAUGUGAUGAUAACCAUAACCAUGGCACGUGUGAGCAUGUGUUCAGUUGUGAAGAUGAUUCUAUUGACAAAAUGGAUGAAGGGAAGGAAGUUGAAAAUCCUGAGACUGUGAAAGGAGUGACCGAGAAUGCCUUCAAGACACCUUGUGAGAAAGCAGAGAUUGCAAUGCCGAAUGGGCAGAAAACAGGAAAAAACAAGCGAAAGGCUCCUUAUGGGGUUGGUAAAAUGGACAAGUACAUUGUUCAUGGUGACGAGGUUGGGAAUGAUGACUCAUCCGGCGGACGGCAUGGCGCCGUUGCUCGAGCACACGGUCGUCGACAGGCCCGGCACUAGCUCAUCGUCCCCUGCUGCCGUGGCCUUUGUUCUGCUCUUCUGGGCCGUCAUGCUCGUCGCUGGGAUCGCCUACUGGAAUUUCUUAUGACGCUGACGGGAGUUUGUUAGCUGCCAGUAGAAACACAGCGUGCGGGAACUUGGUCUCAUCGCGUGCUCUUUGUUUAUGUUGUUGUACUAACCGUCUCGAUCCCCACUAAUUACUUGAGAACUAACCAUUCGAUAUCUCCAAUUGAGCAUCUACGUUUGUUCAUAUUGUGUUCGAAAAAAACGCCAUUACAGAUCGCAUUUGCAAAUAACAGCCGAGAUAUUGCUGGAAUAAUAGUCUGAUGAAAAAAACGACAUCAAAUGAGAUUUCUGAAUGUAUGAGUAUAUAAGUUAUUC